UAUACUUGAUUGACUGGGAGCGAUUUGGCGAUCAUUUCACUACGUACGAAAUGUACAUCUCUUGUUUGUUUGUAAUUUUAAGAGUGCCACGCCUUCUUGCGAUCCGAAAGAACUCCCUAAUCUUUGGCAUACAUACCUUCUAGAGCUGCCAUGAUGUACAAGGAUAUUGGCCAAAGUAGAAUCCGAAUUUGAACCCUCAUUCGUAGUUGUAUGUUUCAUUCCUUCCUUCAUUCCUAAUGUUUAUGUGCCAAAAAAUGCAACAAAAAUACACAACUGAAUAACAACAGAUGGUAAUUAAGAAUAAAUAAAUGCCUGAUCAUAAGGUUUGGCAGUUUGGCAUAAGGAAAUGAUGAUUCAAGACAAUUAUACUUCUUCCAAUAUAUCAAUAUACCAUAUACCCAUACCGUUCAUUUCCCCGCACUCUACAAGUUUCCCUAACAAUUACCAAUUGUAAACACAAUAGUGAGGGACAUACUAAAAAGAGAGAUACAAACCUGAACUUGUUGAGUGAGUGAGUGCAACAGGUCCGAGAUGUCCUGGCAACGUAGGGUAAACAGAAAAAUGGAGCUCAAGUUCAGCUGUUGCAUUGGCAACGAGGAGUUCGAUGGAAUGUUUUGUCGAUACCCAAAACGGACAAGGACCACACAAGCUUGCCAUAACAUAGGAAAUUCCAAGAACAGAUACAUAGAUGCAAUCCAGCAAUGUCGCGCUAUAAAAACGAAAACUAAUCAGAGAAAAAACACCACUAAGCACGAGGUCCAAGGUUAAAGGUAUUUUCGGACCAUGGGGAAUACGGAGAGUAACGUGACCAGUGGCGUCAAGAAACAGGCGGGAGUCUCCACACAGGCCCUCUACAAAUUUGUCAAUCUCAAGGGCGGCGGCCUCCUCGUGGACAUGAUGAAGCGCGCCUGCCAGACGAAACAGUUCGCGGAGAUCGACCACGCCAUCAAGACCAAGGUCGAGCCCUUUCUCUACAACAAGGGUGCAGGACGGUAUUUCCCCAUCUCCAAGCUGGUGCUGCUGCGCAAUCGAGACCGCCCAAGGACGCGACAGCUGCCCGAGAUCCGGGCCCUGGAGAACCCCGACGACGACUUCAACAUCCACGACUACUGUCCCGAGGUAUCGGAGGCAGAGUACAUCUCCAAUCCGAGUGCCUACAGAUUCGUGUGUUGGGAUCUAAAUGAGCGUGGAGCCGUGGGCGAGACCAUCCUUCAUUUGUGUCUGCUCAACGCCUCCUCACUGCACGCGGACCUCGCCAAGCGGCUGCUCAAGUUCUACCCAAAGCUGAUACUGGACAUCUACAUGAGUGACGAGUACUACGGGGAGAGCGUCCUGCACAUAGCCAUAGUGAACGAGGAUCCGGCAAUGGUCAAGUAUCUGUUGGAUGCCAAUGCCGAUGUCCAGGAGCGUUGCUGUGGGGCCUUCAUGUCGGCGGAGGAUACAAAAUUCUCUCGCACGGAUUCCCCAGAUCACGAGUACGUGGCUCUUUGUCCCAUAACCAACUACGAUGGGUACGUCUACUGGGGCGAGUAUCCUUUGAGCUUUGCCGCCUGCCUGUCGCAGGAGGAGUGCUUCCGCUUGGUCCUGGCACGGGGAGCGGACCCCGACUACCAGGACACCAAUGGCAAUACCGUUCUCCACAUGCUGGUCAUCUACGAGAAAAUCGAAAUGUUCGAUGUGGGCUAUGAGGUGGGCACCAACAUUCACGUGAAAAACAUCCAGAACCUGACCCCACUCACGCUGGCUGCCAAGCUGGGGCGCGUUGAGAUGUUCUUCCAUGUGAUGAGCAUCGAGAGGGAGAUCUACUGGCAGCUGGGCAGCAUCACCUGUGCCGCGUAUCCCUUGCUCAUGAUCGACACGAUCAACGAGCAGACUGGGAAUAUCAACAAGGACUCGGUGCUGAAUUUCGUCGUCUUUGGGGACAAGCUGGAGCAUCUGGAGCUGUUGGAUGGCGUGGUCAUAGAUCUCCUGAAGACCAAAUGGGACACGUUCUGCAAGUCGCGAUUCUAUAAGCAGUUCUACAUGUUCGCGUUCUACUUUCUGAUCUCGCUGUUCAGCUUUAUACUGCGGCCAGGUCCGGAUGCCAAGGAGGAGGAUGAGGAGAAUGCAAACAGCACUACGGCUAAGAAUGAUCUCUAUAGAAACGAUAGCUCCGAUGUUCACCAUCAACAGAGCAAAAGGGGUUCGUCCCUUAGCACCGAAUACAAAACCUUUUGGUUGAACUUCACGGAGUAUUACGAUCCUAAUGAGGUGGAAGUCUUGCCCGCCUGGUGGGAGAGCUAUGCCCAGUGUCCGCUCAUGAAUCUCGAAUCCGAUCUGGCCAAGCUCAGAAUCAUGGCCGAGAUGAUCAACUUUGUGGGAGCGAUCUUGUAUCUGCUUGUGGCUCUACGGGAGGCUAGAUUUCUGGGCUAUAAAAUGUUUGUAGAAAACUUGAUGACAGCUCCCUCGAGAGUCAUGUUUCUGUUCUCUUGUGCUUUGAUGAUGACCAUACCCUGGUUGAGGGUGUCCUGUCUCACCGAGAUCGAUGACCAUGUCACAGUUUUCAUAAUGCUGACCACAGCUCCAUACUUUCUGUUCUUCUGUCGUGGCUUCAAGACCGUUGGUCCUUUCGUGGUGAUGAUAUAUCGCAUGGUGAUGGGCGAUCUGCUCCGUUUCGUUUCCAUCUAUUUAGUCUUCGUGCUGGGCUUCUCGCAGGCCUUCUACAUCAUCUUUCUCACCUUUGAUAAUCCCUCGACGCCAGAGGACCAGGAUGCGGAAUCGAAUCCCAUGCCCUCGCCUAUGGAGUCCAUUGUGGCCAUGUUCCUGAUGUCGCUGACAAAUUUCGGGGACUACUACGGGGCCAUGGUCUCCACCCAGCACGAGUACGAGGCCAAGAUCCUGUUCUUCCUGUUCAUGGUGAUUGUUAGUGUGCUGUUGGUCAACAUGUUGAUCGCCAUGAUGGGUAAUACCUACCAGAAGAUAGCCGAGAUACGCAACGAGUGGCAGCGCCAGUGGGCCCGGAUUGUCCUAGUUGUGGAGCGAAGUGUCCCGCCAGCGGAGCGUCUCAAGAACUUUAUGCACUACAGUCAGCCCAUGUCGGAUGGCAGAAGAGCCCUGGUUCUGCGCCUCAAUAUGACCGACGAGGAGAAGGAGGAGAUGAAGGAGGUCCAGGAAAUGAAGCGUAUUCAUCAUCGCUUCUCCAAUAAGCGGCAAAUGGAGCGGGAGGCACGGGCCCGUCGCCGCCAGCAGGAGUACGAGAAGUUCUUUGGCACCGCCCGCAAGUCGGAGAGUUCCGAGAACAACAACUUCUGAGGUCCUUCUUCCCUGUCCUGUUCUGUCCUGACGACCCCCGAAGCACUUAAUUAGUUCAAGUUUUAUUGAGCCCUGUUGAAAUCUGUUCGGUUUGUGCAAUAAAUUGAGAGUCGACUGUCCGUUUCACAGCAACAGUUCACUGAAACCGCC